UUGAAUUUGUUUAAAACUACAAAAUUAAAUUAGUUAUAUGUAUAAAAAUAAUUAUUAUAUACAAUCUAAAAUAUACAUAAGUGUAUAUAUUACAUAAAAAAGGAAAAUAUCAUUAAGGAUUAUCAUCAAUAUUUUUAAUAAUUUGGUGGUGUACAUAUAGAGAAUGUCCGAUAUUGAACAAUUUUUGAGAGAAAAAAGAUUGCAUCGAUUAAAAAACGAUCCCGGAACCAGAAUGGUUAGCUCAUAUGUCUAUCAAAAUCCAUUGACAGUACCAACAAAAAUACCAACAACAAAUUUUAGUAGCUUUUUAUUUCCACCAUCGACAAUACAUGCAGCAUUUCCAAAUUAUGAUGUUCCAAAAGAAUUAUAUACAAGAUUAAUUGAUCCAACAAGAUCAGCAAUAGCAUCAACUAUAACAGCACCAAGUGCUUUUUCAAUACCACCUGAAUCAAAUAGAAAUUUAAAAAAUAAUUUAAUAACAUCAAAUCAUCAUGUACAAGAUUCAACUAUAUUAAAAAAUGAUAAAAUUUCAACAAUACAAGAUAAAAAUUUACCGAAUGAUAUGCAAAAAGAAAUUUUCAAUUUAGAAAAUAAAAAUUCAAUUUUAAAUAAUCAUUAUCAAAAUAAUAGUAAUAGUAAUGAUAAUCAUAAUAAUGAAGUAUCUAUAAGUUCAUCAGCAACUCGUCCAAAUACAGCACCACCAUAUUUAAAAAAUAAAAAUGAAAAUUUGAGACCGUGUUCUGAACCUCGCCAUUUAAUAACAAAUUCGACUGAUAGUUUAUAUUCAAAAGAUGAAAAUCUUAAUCAACAACAUCGACAUGAUCAAAUUGAUGAAAUUGAUAAAAUAAAUUCAUCAUCAUCGGUAACUGAUAUUAGUAAUAUGGAAAUUGACGAUAAAAAUGAUAAAUUUAAUAAUAGUGAAUCAUCAUCAGUAUGUAGUAGUUCCGAGAAUUUAAAAGCAUUUUCAACAAAUAAUAAUAUUAGUACAACAAAUAUAGAAAUAAAUCUGCCUAAAGCGAAUAAAGCAACAUCUAUUGGUACAUCAUGGCAUCCACAUGUUUAUGCUAGGCCACCAAAUAGGCCAACAUCAUAUUUAAUCUCUGAUAUAUUAGGUUGGAGUGCACAAUAUAACAAUAACAAUAAUAAUAAUCAAUAUAAUAUUCAACAAAAAAAUAAUAAUAAAAAUGAAUCAAAUUUAAAUAAAAUAUUAGAAAAUAAACAAUGUACAAAGAAAGCUGAAAAUAUUAUAAAUGACAUUAAAGUUCAAAAAAUUAGUCAAUUAGAAAAAUUAAGCCCUCAACAUAAUGUAUCAACAAGUGAAGCCAGUGAAGAUGAUAACAGUAUAUUCUCAGAUCAACCAUUAAAUUUAAGUGUUAGCAAACGUAGUGAAUCUGUUGCUACAAAUGAUGAUGAAGAAAAUGAAACGUCAGAGGAACGAACACCAAUUAAAGUACGUUUAAGUAAAAAGAAAUUGUCACCACAACAUCAUUCAGAUGAUUCAAAAUCAGCAAAAAGUUUAAAAUUACAUGAAACAACUGAUGAUUCAGAUUCAGAAUCAAUUGAUAAUAAUCAAUCAUCGUCUAGAAAGAAGAAAGCAAGAACAACAUUUACUGGUCGACAAAUAUUUGAAUUAGAAAAACAAUUUGAAAUAAAAAAAUAUUUAAGUUCAAGUGAACGUACUGAAAUGGCAAAAUUAUUAAAUGUAACGGAGACACAGGUAAAAAUUUGGUUUCAAAAUCGUCGAACAAAAUGGAAAAAACAGGAUAAUAUUUCAAAUUCUGAAGCAGCUGAACAUAAAUCCUUAAGUCCAAAAUCAAUAGGAGCUAGUGAAGCUAAAAGUGCUGCAAAAGAGAAAAAUUCAACAAAUUUAAAAAGAAGUAGCCGUGAACCAAUUAGCGAUCAACCAUCAAAAAAAUUCUCAAUAUCAUCAGACUCUAAUACAAUUACUACUGUUACAGAAAAAUUAUCAGCUAAAUUGAAAAAUAGUGAAAAAUCAAAAUCUAAAAAUGAAUCUAAAACUAUAGAUAAGAAUGAUGAAAAAAAUUCAAAAAAUUUAUCAACAAAUUCGAGUGCUACCGAAAAUCAAACUUCAUCAGUGAAACAUGAAAUUGAUUGUGAAACAAAAUUAAAAGCUUACAAAUUAAGUACUAAAACACAAAGUAAUGAUAAUGAGAAGAGUAAAGCAGACUUAUCAGAUAGUAAAAAUACUGAAUUAUAGGAGUCGUCUUAAUAUAGAAACGUGGAAUCUUUUUUUUUUUGUGAAAAAUUUUAUUUUGUUUUUUUUAAGAAUUUUUGUGUUGUAAGAAUUGUUUAGUUUUAAAAUUUUGACGCCAAAAAUAUAAUAUAGAAAUUAAAAAAUAUAAUUAUAUAAG